GCUUUGGUCACACUAUCAGCUGCUUUCCAAAAACAUUGCUCGCGUGCCCUUAAAAUUUACUUAAAAACGUUUAUUUACGAAAAUAAUUAAUUAAAAUGUUGCUGAAACAAUUGCCGCUAGCCGUGCAGCAAUUGCGCUGCCUUUCCUCAGCAACAGCGGCGGUCACCAGGCUCCACCGUUCCGUUUACUGCCGAAUGUACCCCACUGUAGUCGUCCAGCCCGAUGGAUCCACGAUAAACAUACGCUACCACGAACCGAGGAAAAUAAUCAAGCUUCCCUUGGAUCUGAGCACCCUGUCCGAAGCGGAGAGGAAGUCCCGGAUGGAGGCUCGCAAGCCGCGCAAGAAGGUCAAGAUCAUGGAGGAGGUGGAGGACAACUUCAACGCCAAGAAGUACAUGAAGUACAUAAAGAAAAACAAGUAGCUGGCGUCCAUUUCAGUGCAAUUUAUUGUUAAAUAAAAACAUAAACAUUGUUAUGUAA